AUGUUUUUCAGCCUGCUUAAGUCAGGACAGCUGCACCUGGCAGACGGUCUGCCAGAGUUGCGCGAAACUCAUUUCGGCUGGGUAUUUUCCGGCGAAAUCGAGAAUUCUGUGAACCAUUCACACAUCGCGAACAACGCUUCGUUGGAUGUGCUGAAUCAAACGAUUUCCAAGUUUUGGGAGGUCGAGGAUCUUGCCGAUCCAACGCCCCCACCCUCUGAUGUUGAUGAAUGUGAGAAAUUGUUCGUGGAAACGCAUCGUCGUUUGCCGUCAGGUCGAUUUGUUGUUAGAUUACCGUUUCGUGAAGAUGUUUCAGGGUUGCCAGACAACCGUUCGCUCGCUCUUCGUCGGUUCCUGCUGUUGGAGCGCCGUCUCAACAGAGAACCAAGUCUGAAGCAGCAGUAUGCUAAGUUCAUUGAUGAGUAUGAAACCCUUGGUCAUUGUCGUGAGGUUGAUGAGUCCAAGGAUGUAGACCAGCAUCGGUACUACAUGCCCCACCACGCCGUCCUGAGGCCAACGAGCUCGACCACGAAACUGCGAGUAGUGUUCGACGCGUCGGCCAAGCAAGGUUCUACGGCGAAGUCGCUCAACGAGGUUCUCCACGUUGGAAAGCCGGUCCAAAUGCUUAUCGACUCGUCUCAGACGAGGUUCCAGAGAAUUCUGUGGAGGAGUGACUCUUCAAAGCCGAUUCGCGUGCUGAAGUUACAGACGGUAACUUACGGUACAGCAGCUGCCCCGUUCCUCUCGACCAGAUGUCUAGUUCAGUUGUGUCAGGAUGAAAGAGAGAAGUUUCCGCUAGCAGCCGAGGUGGUUCGUGAUGAUUGUUAUGUCGACGAUGUCCUUUCCGGUGCUAGUUCCGCUGACGAAGCUGUAGUCGUCCAGCGGCAGAUUCGAGAGAUGCUUGAAUCUGGAGGUUUUCGUGUCCACAAAUGGAGCUCGAAUUGCCAGGAAGUGUUGAGUAGUGUUCCCGAAUCUGAUCGCGAGAAACUUGUUUGCCUCGAUCAAGGAAACGAGGUCGUCAAGGCACUGGGUCUGACAUGGUGUCCCCAGUCUGACGAAUUUAUGUUCGUGGUGCGUCUUCCGAAAGAUGUCACCGAAUUCACCAAGCGAAGUAUUUUCUCCGAAAUCGGCAGGUUGUUCGAUCCCAUCGGAUUUCUAUCCCCCGUGAUUGUUGUUGCGAAGCUUUACAUGCAGAAGUUGUGGUUGAUUGAGUUGCCAUGGGACGCUAAGGUCGAAGGAGAUCUUCUGGCGUCGUGGUUGUGUUUCCGUAGAGCCCUCCCCAAGGUUAGUGAAAUUCGGAUUCCACGCUAUGUUAUCAGCCCGUCGACUGUCGCGAUUGAGCUUCAUGGAUUUUCCGACGCUUCCGUUGUUGCUUACGGUGCAAACAUUUACGUCCGGUGCAUCUUGUCCGACGGUAGAGCUCAACUUCGCCUCCUCUGCAGCAAAUCCAGAGUUUGUUCGCCCAAGAAAGAUCUCAACAUUCACCGCAAAGAGUUGAUGGCGUGUGAACUGUUGGCUCGCAUGAUGGUUAGAGUUCUCGAGACUGUCAAGUUCAAGGUAAGCCAAGUCGUACUCUGGACUGUCAGUCAGGUGGUCCUCGCAUGGCUUAAGAAGUCAUUGGCGAAGCUCGAUGUGUUCGUCCGAAACAGAGUUGCCAAGAUUCUUGAGCUCACCGCAGGAUUUAUUUGGAAAUAUGUCAGGUCAAAGGACAACCCCGCUGAUAUUGUUUCCAGAGGCAUGCUUCCCGAGGCUCUAAUGUCGAAGUCCGAGUUCUGGGAAGGCCCAUUCUUCCUGAGAAUCGAAGUGUAUGAUGAGGAAAUCCCCCCAGAAAUUCCAGAUGAUGAACUCCCCGAGUUGAAGCUUGGUCCGAUCAUUGCAACCCCAGUGUUCAAUGAAGACCAGCUUCCGGUGUUUACAAGGUUCAGUUCGUUCAGAAAGCUGCAGCGUGUGAUGGCAUACGUGCAGCGUUUCAUCCAAAAUUGUCGUCAGAAAGAUCCGUCUUGUCGAGUGUUCAUGAUUCACCCAACGAUCCCUGAGUUGCGCGCUUCGCUGGAACUGAUCGUAAAGAUUAUUCAGUACGAAGCACUCAGUGACGAAAUCCACCGUGUUCAGAAUGACGAACCGUGCAAGAAGAUUGCAGGUUUGCACCCGUUCUACCAGGACAGUGUCUUGAGAGCUCGCCCGAAGGUCGCUAGUCAGUUGAUGGGAAAUCUUCCUGCAUAUCGUGUCAACCAAGCUCUGCCGUUCAUGCAGCGAUUGCGCGAUGAGUUUUGGAGAAAGUGGCAUCGCGAUUAUUUGCAAACCCUUCAACCCCGCGGUAAGAAUCGAGUCAAGUCCGCCAACAUCAAACCAGGGAUGGAGGAGGAAGAGUAG